AAUAAAAACAAGAAAGGAGGAGAAAAUUAAGGAAAAAGAAUAUAAUAAGAAAAAUUGUAUAAAAACAUUAAUGAGAGUUUCCAAAAACAUUCAUUAAGUUGUACUUAAUAAUAAUAUUACAAAAUCAGUAAGAAUUUCGUUCGAAAUUUCAAAGUUUUUGUUAUGUUUUUGCUCAAUGUAUAAAAAAUCAAUAAAUUGAUAAAACAAGAGUAGAAAAAAAAAUUAAAUCAAAAAAUGAAUCAAAAUGAAUAUGAAAUCCGCGAGUCCCAGCGAUUACGGGAGCUCGAAGAAUAUAAAGGACGUGCAGCUCAAAUGGAAAAGACUAUGAAAUGGUGGAGCGAUUGUACGAACAAUUGGCGUGAAAAGUGGGCAAAAGUCAGAAACGAGCGGAAUCAAGCGCGAGAUGAGAUAAAGCAAUUGCGAGUGGCACUUGAAUCAAGCAUGAAGGAAUCAAAUGGAUAUAAAAGAGAAAAGCAUGAACUCGAAAUUCAAGUACAACAAUUGAAAAAAGAAAUGGAAAAGAUUCAUCACAGUUUAAUGAAGCAUGCAUCAACGCAUAAAGAACCUGAGCGUGAAAUUAGCGGUAGCCCUGAUCAAUUCUCAAAUGAUGGCUUAAAGAAUGUCAAUUCUGAAGAUGGUCUUGUGACAAAAGCUCGUUCAUUGAGUGAAAAUGAGAGCAAUUCAGAAAGUAAAAUUGCUGACGAGUUUCAACAAGGACCAAGUGGAAAGGACAGUAAGAAUGUAUCAAUGGAACUAAAUGAUAAGCAAUUCCAAAAGCUUAAAUUAUCAAAAAGCGAAGAUACUGAAGAUGAUUCCGAAUACCUGAUUCAAAAAGCUAAAAUGUUACAAUUGAGAUUAGAAGAUGCACAAAAAGCAAUAAUUUCUGAAAAGGAAGAAAAGAUGCAAUUGCUUAAGAGCAUGGACAAAAUAAGACAUGAUCUUGAAGAAUGCAGAAGUAAAUGCGAAGAAGUUCGCUCAGCAAGACAAGAAGCGGUAAGAGAAUUGCUGACUAUGCAAGAGACUCACAGAGCUGAGCUCCGUAUUAUUACAAAUUCAUUGCAAGAAGAAACAAACUCAAGAGAAUCACUUGAAAGACGAUUAAGUGAACUACGUGGGGAAUUGGAAAGAUUGCAAUCUGAGAAUGCGUCAUUCUGGUCGCGCUCUGAACGACUUGAAACUGAAAAGAUCAAUCUCGAAAGAGAAAAUAAGAAGAUGAAAACAGAACUUAUGGAUUCGCAAGUAUCUGGCAGAUCACCAAUGUGGAAUGUCGCCAACGGAUCACGCAAUGAGGAAAUACGUCUAUUGCAGCAAGAACUAAUUGACAAAAACAAGGAAAUCCAAGAACUUCGCCAUUCGCAAAGCAAAAUGAAAAAGAUGUUGUCAGAAGCAAACAUUGAAAUGGGCCAUGCUGUUCGUAGAGCUGAACAAUAUGAGACUGAAGUAAAACGUCUACGUACAAGAAUUGAAGAAUUAAAGAAAGAAUUAACAAUGGCCGAAGAUGAACUCGAUGCAGCGUCAUCAGCAAUAAGAAGAUUACAGCGAAACAACGAAGAAUUAAAUGCAAGACACUCUAGUCCAAAACAUUAUUCGUCACGUGGCACAAAUUCACCAAAAGUCCAAGAAUAUCGUCCAAAUAUAAAUGAUUUAAAGCAAUUCUUUGAUGACACAAAACGUUCUGGUCAUUCUAAAAAGCAAUCUAGUUAUUCCGAUGCCAAACCCACUUACAUGAUUCAAGAUGAAAUCUACUUUGAAGGCAAACGAAGUUCAGAAUUCGAAAGAGUCAAACAAAAAUUUGAUAGGAGUCAAUCGACUAAAAUUGCUAGUUUCUCGUCCAACUCAAAAAAUAAUUUCCAAUCAAAAAGCUUCGAAGCUCGUAAUGAUAUUCAUCAUAAACGUUUAAUUGAUGACUAUGGCAUGAACAGCAACAUGAAUAUUAGUGAUAAUAUUGCUCAACAUUAUAAUUGUGAACCUUCUUCCUCGUCCUCCAAAAAGCAUUCUUCUUUUCAUGCACAGUCGUCUCAUGAGAAACAAGAUAAUACAGUUGAUUUAGCGGCUAGUUUCAAUUUAGAUGGAUUUAAAGUGUCAGAAGAUGAUGAUGACGAUGAUACUCCAUAAAUAUGAACCUGAGUUGAACGAUUUGUCAGCCAUGCCACAAACAAUAUUAUAAAAAAAAACUUAAAAACAUAUUUUUUCACUUUUUACAUUUUAAAUUAUAAAAGUUUCUACAUAAUCAACGAGUAUUUAUAUAUAUCAUAGAUUGAUUAUCUGUCCAUUUAAUGUUGAUCUCAAAAAAUACUGUUUAUGUGUAGAAAUGAUAAUAAUUCUAUGUAUUGAACAAGAAAGCAUUAUUAUGUAUUGAAAAUAA